GAUGAAACCCACGUGAGUACUGGUGUGGAGACGACCAUAAGAUCGAACCAUCCCCGCAUUGAUAAGCUUCAACAACUUGUGCGCAGCGACUCUACUGGUGGUUGGGAUGCAAGUUGGGAGAAAGGUGUGACCCCAUGGGAUCUAGGACAACCAACACCUGUUAUUUUACAUCUUCAUCAAACAGGAGCUCUUCCCAAGGGCAGGGCUUUAAUCCCAGGAUGUGGCAGUGGUUAUGACAUAGUAGCAAUUGCAUGCCCUGAGCGCUAUGUUGUUGGAUUGGACAUAUCAGACAUUGCCAUUAAGAAAGCACUGGAGUUGUCUUCCUCAUCAGUGAAUGCAAGUUAUUUUACCUUCUUGAAGGCAGACUUUUUCGCUUGGACUCCAACUGAAUUGUUUGAUCUUGUUCUAGAUUAUACGUUCUUUUGUGCCAUUGAACCAGACAUGAGGUUAGCAUGGGCACAGCGAAUUCAUGAUGUUUUAAAACCUGGUGGAGAGCUCAUAACGCUAAUGUUUCCAAUCAGUGAUCAUGUUGGUGGACCUCCUUACAAAGUUUCAGUUUCAGAUUAUGAAGAGGUAUUGCAUCCCAUGGGGUUUAAGGCAGUAUCCAUUGUGGAUAAUGAAAUGGCUAUUGAACCUCGCAAGGGAAGAGAGAAGCUUGGAAGGUGGAACAGAUCCGUAGGCCAAUCCUCUCUAUGAUAAAGAUGGGCAUAUUGUUUGAAGGGCAGCAAUUGGGACAAUGAAAUCAAUCGUAUAGUUUUUUAUUCUUUUUAUGAAUUGGAUCAAAUGUUGCUCUGCCAAAUCAUUAUAUAUGUUAUUCAAUGUACAUCUACAGAGUUAACAAACUUGAAUAUAUUUUUAGUUUAUUGAUUGAGAG